AUGGUUCUUGAACUGCAUAUUUGGGGUCCAUCAUUCGGUUUACCCUCCAUUGAUGCACAAUGCUUAGCUACUAUUGCAUACGUGCAGCAAGUGAUCCCACGUGGUCAAUGGUCCCUUGUUGCUAGUAGUGAUCCAACCCUAAGUCCCACGAAUGAAUUACCUGCUUUGAAAGAUAGCAGGAAUGGGGUCAUUCAUUGGGUGGGUGGAUACAGAAGCAUCAUCGAUUUUCUCACACAAUAUUCAUCUGGGAAAUGGAAUCUAGAUGCGGGCUUACGAGGACAAGAAGGGGCUGAUUGUACAGCAUAUUCUGCUUUUAUCCAAAUGCAUGGACAGCCGUUACUAGAUCUCUCACUCUAUGUUUCUUCGAAGAAUUAUUCCGAAACCACUCGUCCGAUUUUCAAUACGAUACAGUCUUUUCCCUUGCCAUAUCUUACACCGCCUCAUCUCCGAACGGAAGCUAAAAAAAGAACAGAAUAUCUAGGUCUAGAUGCUCUGGAUAUAGAUACAGAGGAUGAUAAAUCACGAGACCAACCAAGUAUCAUACCCGAAUCUCUCAGGAGGGGCAAACAAUCCGUCUCAAGUUUACUAAAAGCUUCUCCUGAAACUAAUGCGCAAAUCCGGCUCGAUGCAUUAGCGAGCGACUUUUUCUCUGCAAUCAGAGAAUUAAAAGGAAAUAAAAAAUAUCUUGUUUCACAUGAGAAAUUGUCGAGUCUAGAUUGUCUAGCACUAGGUUUUAUGUCUCUGAUGCUGUAUCCGCAGUUACCACAACCAUGGCUGCAAAAGACGAUGAGGAAAAAGUUUCCAGAUUUGGUUGAAUGGGUUGAAGAGCUGAAAGAUGAGGCGUGGAAUGGUGUGGUUGGGUUGGAAGAUGCGCUGCUUACCAAAUCUGGCAAUAGCGGGAAUGCAAAUGCAGUGCAACAGAAGAAAGGGAGUUUACCUUGGCAAGCGCCUGAAGCUCGUGGUAUACUAAAUAUCGGAGGCGUAUUUUUGGCGAGUCUAGCAGAUUCGUUACCGAUUGUGGGACAACAGAGGAAAGAUAAUCGUAUGAGACGGUAUGGUGGCGAAAAGGAAAAGGACACUGAUACGGGUAGCAUCUGGAAAUAUGUUAUCACAGCGGGAAGUUUAGUUGCGGCUGUCGGAUUGGUGGCGGGCUAUGCAUUACAUGAAGGGUUAAUACAGAUGCCUGAUAGUUGGCCAGAGAAGAAAGACGAUGAGAUGGAGAAAACUCAAAGUGUAAAUGAUCUUGGAGAGGCGGGUCAGGCACUUUUUGCCUUUGCGGAUCAUAUGGACGAGAGUGUACAGAGACAAAGAGAGUUGGAGAGAAAUGAUAAGCCGAUAGUGGAGGUUGAUGUUGAUGUGGGACAAAAUGGGGUUGUGAGGUAG